CGCCACAUGACGGAUGACGUCAUUAGCCCAGGACACGUCGUGUCUGCACACUCACACGGUUGUGUUUGAAGAGAAACUAGACGCUACCUACACUCAAUCGGGUGUAGUAAGAUGGCCGACUCCAGCGUUUCGGCUGCUCGACACAGGAGGGGAGCCGGGACAAGAGGGAGAGCGGCCUUUAGUAACAGGGGAGGACAUGGGAGAGGUGGCGGUGGCCAUAGGACCCACGAUAGAGGCGGCAGAGGGCAUUCGGUGAUGGGCAGAGGAGGGAUGAGAGGCGGCCGGGGCUCCGGGGCACACGCUGGCAGGAGGCCGGGCUCUGAAAGUCAGCACUUUGGAAACACGAAGCAGAGAUGGAGGCCGGGUCCGCAGCAGAAGGCGUUCGCCGGGAGUGCGGGGGAAGGACAAGGCUUUGCUUUAUGGCGAAAACAAAAAGUUCAGUUUGAGUAUAAAAAGAUAUUAAGAAAGCAAAAGAAGGCCAGUGUUACUAAAGAGGUAUUGUACACUGACACCUAUCCUGAACAUCUGAAACAUCUGUACUUGGCUGAAGAAGAGAAAAUGAGAAAAGAAGAAGAAAAAAGAAGGCGGAAACCAGAUUUACAGACUUCCCAAACACCAGAAGAGGAGACAGAAGUAAGCUUGCAGCAGCUCACAGACUAUAGUGAGGACCAACCUUGUGAAAGAUUGCAACAGCAUACCAACUAUAGUGAGGAACAACCUUGUGAACGCCCUAAAAAGAAAUGUAAAAAGAAAACGUCAUAUCGGAAAGCAAAAGAAGAAUAUGAAACAGUGCAACUUGAACGUGCAAAGAAAAGAGAAGAGGCAGAGAACAACAGGAUAAAAAGAGAAGAAGCACUAAAACUCUACAAGGAGAAAAAAAUGGAAGCAUAUAAAGUUUUAAGCACAAAAACAAGGAAAGGACAGCCAAACUUUAAUGUACAAAUGGAAUACUUGCUGAAAAAGAUACAGAGCAAAUCUUAAUUUAUUUUCCUAUGUCUGCGUUAAAAUGUAUUGUCUGUGGUGUUACCUGUCGCACUGCUUGCUUUCCUCUGAGAGGUUUUUGCUAAAUAUUUUUACACCACUUCAAGUAAGAAUUUACCAGGGGAAAAAAUAAAAUCAGGUGCUUUUUUAUUUUU